UAAUGAGCUUUUUUAUUUUUUUUAGGUGUUUACUUUGUUAUUACUUAGGAAAAUGAAUCUCAGAAUGACAGUGGGAUCUUAGCUGAGACUUUUCUGCAUGAAAUCAACUAUUAAAACUUUUCAACUAUGAUUUAUUUUAUUGCUCUGUAUUUAAAUGUAAAUAUUUCAGGUGAAAAGGGCAAGUACUGAGGUGUUUCAUUAUAAAAGGUUAUGAUCCAAUGGAAGUAGCAUUCAGAGAUAGUAUUUAAUUAGCUUUUAAUUAGCACAGAAACAGUGGAGCAGGUUUUUUUAAAACUUACAUAACUUAGGAAAAAGAACUAUGUUAGAAAUAAUGAAGCCUUCAUCAGUGAAACUAGAGAUUAUUGUUAACAAAUCUAGGAAUAUUUUCUGACAAAAAUAUGGAUAAAGAACCUGAAGUGGGCGAUGCAUGCCACUGAAGAAUAAACAAAAAGCACAAAAUAACACGUAAUAUAUUUGAAGUAUUUUCAUUAUAAAUAUAUGAAAUUAAUGUUAAAACCAUAAAUAGCAUUCUUUAAAUAUUAUAUAAAAAUGAUUGUUUUAUGUAUUUUCAUUAUGAGCAAGCAAAAGUUUUCGAGUUCUGCCUCAAGAUUUUAGAUGUUUUAAACUAUAUUUGAGUUCACACUAAAUUAUGUAGUAGAUGGUUAGAUGAUACCUAUUUAUAUCUUGCCUCCCUUUUUUCCUAGCUUAAGUGGAUAUGUUAACAGUCAUAUAUUCCCAAGGGCAUUCUGAAAUUCUGGUGUGAAUCAUAUCCCAAUUAGUGAGCAAUUUUUAUAGUUUUCACCCAGACAAAAUAGAUUACCUGGGGAAAAAGUGACAUAUUACUAUGAGAAGAGGAAAAUAUAAUUGUGCAGCAAUUCUACAAAUAGUAUUGUUAUUUACCCAGUUUGUUAAAGUCUAACAGUAUUUAAUUUGGAAUAAUUAACCAAAUUGUGGUAUAUUUGUGAACAAGUAUCUAAUAAGAAUAAAAAUACUUUCUUCAAAGAAGUGUAGGAAGUUAUUUUCAUGGGCCUAUUAAAAUAAUUUUUAUCAGGUUAUAAACAUACCUCUUAUUAUAUUUCUCAUUGUUCAGCAUAAAAAAAACCUGGUUUUUAAUUCACUGUUUACCUUUUCGCUCCUUUUUUUUUUUUUUUUCCACUUCAGGCAUUGGUUUGCCUUUUUAAGACCAAGAUUUUAGCAAAUUAAUUGUAAGAUUAGUUAAUAUAGCCAUUGUUGUUCAGUGAAAGUACUUUCUGGAGUCAUUAGCAGAUGACAUUGCUAAAGGCUAUGUGGAAUUUGUGUUUGUGGUAAAGAAUGGUUUAACAAAUGAAAUGAUAAGUUAACUUUUUGUAUUCCUCAUUGAAUGACUUGUAGUCAUUUAUUUUAUUUGAUUACCUUUUUUGCCAGAUCUGUAAUAAUUGUAUUUAUAUUGUUGCCAACCUUAGCCAAAGGCUUAGACUCUAGUGUAUAGAACUUAUCAAGACAUCUGUACCAUAAAAAUGAAAUUUAAAUUCACCUUAAACAAUUACACUGUGCAUCUUCAAAAAAUAGUAAAAUUUCUGAAAUUUGUACUGUACUCUAGUACAGUUAAAGUUUAUAAAGAAUCUAGUACCAAGUAGAAAGUAUUUUUUGUAGAUUGUGUAAGCAAGGUUACUUGUUUUUGUUAUUACAUGAAGUUUCCAAUAUAACAGGAAUUGAACUCGUCAUUAACGUAUAGGGGAAAACUUCACAAGGAGCGAAAGAAUUGUAAAAAUUUCAUAAAACUCAAAUCUUAAGCAUGCUUACUUUUACUAUUCAUUAUAUUUCCAGCCUAUACUUUUGACCAUAGUUGUAUUACUUUUCAACAAAAGUCAUGAAAAAUAAUUUAGAUUAAUAUUUCUUAAACUUGUGGUUUAUGGUUUUUUUAUAUUAAAGAUCUUUAUCAUUCCAUAGAAUUCUUUAUUUAAAUUUUAAUGGCAUUCUGACCAGGAUUCCAAUGUUAAUUAUAUUAACUUAUGGAUUGCCUCUGUUUUUUUAAACUUAGGAUCCCCAAAUCUUUAGUCAUAAUCAUAAUUUCAGAAUUUACUUCUUUUGAUUAAACUGUAAUACAGUGAAAUAUUUAUGACAAUUUAUAAAACAUUUGGUUACUCUUGUGUAUACAAUGAAAUAAGUACCCAGCCAGAUACUCCUUUAUUUUUGUUUGAUUAACUGUUCUACUUUUAAAAACUUUAAUAUUCUUUGAUUCUAGGGAAUAAUGCUUCAAUAAAUAUAGAGGUAGACCCAAGGCAUCCUACUAUGCUUCCGGAGUGCUGCUUUCUUGGAGCUGACCAUGUGGUGAAACCCCUGGGAAUUAAGCUGAGCAGAAACAUACAUUUGUGGGAUCCAGAAAAUAGCCUGUUACAAAAUUUGAAAGAUGUUUUAGAAAUUGAUUUUCCAGCUCGUGCCGUCCUGGAAAAAUCUGAUAUUUCUAUGGAUUGUGGAAUUUGUUAUGCGUAUCAACUUGAUGGUGCCAUUCCUGAUCAAGUGUGUGACAAUUCCCAGUGUGGACAGCCAUUCCAUCAAAUAUGCUUAUAUGAGUGGAUGAGAGGACUACUGACUAGUAGACAGAGUUUUAAUAUCAUGUUUGGUGAAUGUCCAUAUUGUAGUAAGGUAAGCAAAUUAUUAAUCACAUUCAUAAAAUGUCCUUAGCUUUUUUU